CACUGUGUACAACCCAAAGACACCCCCACCAGAUCUGAUGAGGCACCUGUUAGUGCUGUUGAGAAUGAUGGAGGGAGAACGGAGGCAGGAAGAGACGAAGUCCUCCUCACUGCUGAGGAACAGCUCGUGCAGGACAUCCUGGACAAGGGCCACAUUCGCAAGCAGUAUAGAAUCGGCCGCAUGCUUGGUGAAGGAGGAUGUGGUUGUGUUUAUGAAGGGACUCGCUGCAAGGAUGGACUAAAGGUGGCUGUGAAAUGUUCAAAGAAGAUGCCAGCCAUGCCAUAUAUCAGAGUGCCUGGUCAUCCCAAACGUCUCCCCAUUGAGAUUGGCCUGAUGCUCAUGGCCAAUGAGGGCCCUAGCGUUUCCCAGAUCAUUAAGCUGCUUGACUGGGAGGAUGACACAGAGCACUACGUGAUGGUCAUGGAGUGCCCUGUGCCUUGUGUGGAUUUGUUUAGUUUUGUGGAACAUAGAGGAAGCCUUGAUGAGGGGAUGGCACGAAAUAUUAUGCGGCAGGUCACUGAUGCCGCUAAAACUUGCUGUGAUCGUGGUGUCUUCCAUCGUGAUAUAAAACUGGAGAACAUCCUGGUGAACCAGGACACCAUGGAGGUCAAAUUAAUUGACUUCGGGUGCGGUGCGAUCAUGAAGAAAUCUGCCUUCAAAGUCUUCCAUGGCACAAGACCGUACUGUCCACCCGAGUUCAACUUGAAGGGCAGGUACCACGCAAAGCCGACCACAGUGUGGACACUAGGGUUCCUCCUGUAUGAAAUGCUGUGUGGUGAAUGUCCUACAUCCUAUGACCGACACAUGAUCACCGUGAACCUCUGGACCAGACCUGGCUUGUCAAAAGAAUGCUGUCGGAUGAUUUGUGAUUGUCUGCAGCCUGAUCCACAGAAGAGACUCAGUCUGGACACGAUGCAUCUCCAUGACUGGUUUAAGGUACGGAGUCUAAGACUAGUUAAGCUUUUUUUGGUUUAGUUUGAUCAUCAGUCGCCAUUAACUUAAAAUCAUUUUUCUCUAAAUGUAAUGUAUUUAGACAAAUAAUGCUGAUUUAUCUUUUGUUUCAGGUCACGGAGUAAGACAAAGAACCUCAGGAAACAACUCCUGUCACGGCCACCCUGUUGUUUUCUGUCUUCAGUCAGCUUUGCGUCUGGUGGACUGACAAGAGUGGCCUUUCCAUCAGUCCACUCUGGCCUUAGCGUAUUGCAGGCCCUGCAAGUCCUGGUAGCAUCUGCCGCCUUGACUUGAAGCAGCAAUAUUAGUGUCUGGCCGUAUUGCUUGCUUGAGGAUCUGUAAAUAAUAGUUAAUUGUACAUUUGUAUUUGUUUAUUUAUUAUAAGG